ACCACGCGAGUUCCUGAUCCAGGCGCUGGAAAGGGUGAAGGCUGGAAAAGGAGCAGAGGGGGAGUACCCGUACCUGAUGGACGAGGCCAACCUGGCCGCCAUGUUCAGCCUGCUGGAUGUCGUAGGCCAAGGCCACAUAACGCCGGCACAGUACAGAGAAGCUCUUAAAACUUUGGGACUGAGCACUGAAGGUCUGCAGUUUGGAGAUGAUGUGAAUAUCACACUGGAUGUAUUCAAGGAAGAAGUGUAA